AUGGGAUCAGGGAAUCUGGCUCAGAUGCUGCUGCGAUGGGCGGCGGUGUGUCUUGCGGCGGUUCAUGUGGCGUCUGAACAAACUGGGAAUGGACAAUAUCCAGCGACCCGCGUGACCAGCCCCGUGGACCAGAGAGAGGCGCAGCGGGUCCGACGCCGCGGCCAGGAGACUCUAAGAGGGCCCAAUGUGUGUGGCUCUCGCUUCCAUUCAUACUGCUGUCCCGGCUGGAAGACGCUGCCAGGAGGGAACCAGUGUAUCGUUCCAAUCUGCAGGAACUCGUGCGGCGAUGGCUUCUGCUCCAGACCCAACAUGUGUACAUGCUCGAAUGGCCAGCUCUCUCCCAGCUGUGGAGGAGGGGCAGGAGUUCAGUCAUGUAACAUCAGGUGUAUGAACGGAGGCAGCUGUGCGGAGGACUCCUGCUCCUGUCCGAAGGGCUACACAGGAGGCCACUGUGGACAACCCGUGUGUGAGAACGGCUGCCAGAACGGCGGGCGCUGCAUCGGGCCCAGCAGAUGCGCCUGCGUCUACGGUUUCACCGGCCCGCAGUGCGAGAGAGACUACCGGACCGGGCCAUGUUUCACCCAGGUGAACAACCAGAUGUGUCAGGGCCAGCUCAGUGGAAUCGUCUGCACCAAAACCCUCUGCUGUGCCACCAUUGGCCGAGCUUGGGGACACCCCUGUGAGCAGUGCCCCGCCCAGCCACACCCCUGCAGACGAGGCUUCAUCCCCAACAUCCGCACCGGAGCCUGUCAAGAUGUGGAUGAGUGUCAGGCUGUGCCGGGUCUGUGCGCCGGAGGGACCUGCAUCAACACCGUGGGAUCAUAUGAAUGCAAAUGUCCUGCCGGUCACCGCCAGAGUGAAACCAGCCACAAGUGUGAAGAUAUCGAUGAAUGCGCCACCAUCCCUGGUGUGUGCGAUGGCGGAGAGUGCACCAACACCGCCGGUAGCUACGUCUGCACCUGUCCACGAGGCUACAUCUCCAGCACAGAUGGUUCCAGAUGUGUGGACCAGCGUGUGGGGACCUGUUUCUCUGCUCUGGCUAACGGCCGUUGUGCUGCCGAGGUGAAUGGUCAGUUCACCAAGAUGCAGUGCUGCUGUGACACAGGACGCUGCUGGGCGUUGGGACUGAUCCCGGAGAUGUGCCCGGUCAGAGGUUCUGAUAUCGAUGAGUGCAUAAUGAACGGAGUGAUGUGUCGCAACGGCCGCUGUGUCAACACCGAGGGAAGUUUCCAGUGUAUCUGUAAUGCCGGAUUUGAGCUGACUCCAGAUGGGAAGAACUGCAUUGAUCACGAUGAAUGUGCCACCACCAACAUGUGUCUCAACGGCAUGUGCAUCAACGAGGACGGCAGCUUCAAGUGUAUCUGCAAGCCCGGCUUUGCGCUGGCACCUAACGGACGCUACUGUACCGAUAUCGAUGAGUGUCAGACAUCCGGCAUUUGUAUGAACGGCCGCUGCAUCAACUCUGAGGGCUCCUUCCGCUGCGAGUGCCCACCAGGCCUGGCUAUAGAUGUAGACGGCCGAGUGUGCGUGGACACACACAUGAGGACCACCUGCUACGGCGCCAUCAAGAUGGGCACGUGCUCGCGUCCGUUCCCUGGUGCAGUGACCAAGUCUGAGUGCUGCUGUGCCAACCCCGAACAUGGCUUUGGAGAGCCGUGCCAGCCCUGCCCUUCCAGAAACUCAGCUGAGUUCCAGGCUGUGUGCAGCAGUGGCAUCGGCAUCACAGCUGAUGGCAGAGACAUCAAUGAGUGCGCCCUUGACCCGGACAUUUGUCAGAACGGCAUUUGUGAGAACCUGAGGGGAAGUUACCGCUGCAUCUGCAACAUCGGCUACGAGUCCGACACCAGUGGCAAGAACUGCGUCGACAUCAACGAGUGUCUGGUGAACCGUCUGCUCUGUGACAACGGACUCUGCAGGAACACUCCUGGCUCCUACACCUGCUCCUGUCCCAAAGGGUUCGUCUUCAAACCGGACUCAGAGACGUGCGAAGAUAUCAACGAAUGCGAGUCCAGCCCGUGCAUCAACGGAGCGUGUCGCAACGUGGCCGGAUCCUUCAACUGCGAAUGCACCCACGGCAGCAAGCUGGACUCCACCAACACCAUCUGCGUGGACAGCAUGAAGAGCACCUGCUGGCUGACGAUACAGGACAACCGCUGUGAAGUCAACAUCAACGGAGCCACGCUGAAGUCCGAGUGCUGCUCCACCCUGGGAGCCGCCUGGGGCAGCCCCUGUGAACCCUGCGAGAUCGACACUGCUUGUUCUCGAGGAUUUGCUCGUAUGAAGGGCGUUGUAUGUGAAGACAUUAAUGAGUGUGAGGUUUUCCCUGGAGUUUGUACAAACGGCCGCUGUAUGAACACCCAGGGCUCGUUCCGCUGCGAGUGCGCCGAGGGUCUCACCUUGGACAGCACGGGACGAACCUGUGUGGAUACGCGCAGCGAGCAGUGCUUCUUGAAGUGGCACGAGGACGAGUGUGGCGAGCCGCUGCCGGGAAGAUAUCGUUUGGACAUGUGCUGCUGCUCGGUGGGAGCUGCCUGGGGCAUCGACUGUGAGGAAUGUCCCAAACCAGACAUGCCUGAGUACAAAGCCAUCUGUCCCAGAGGGCCCGGCUUCGCCAACAGAGGAGACAUUCUGACCGGCAGGCCUUUCUACAAAGAUGUGAACGAGUGCAAGGUGUUCAAUGGCCUGUGUACUUACGGAAACUGCAGAAAUACCAUUGGCAGUUUCAAGUGUCGCUGCAACAACGGCUUCGCUCUGACAGCUGAAGAGAGGAACUGCACAGACAUCGACGAGUGCCGCAUCUCACCCGACCUGUGUGGUCACGGUGCCUGCGUCAACACGCCAGGCAGCUUCGAGUGCGAGUGCUUUGAGGGCUACGAGAGCGGCUUCAUGAUGAUGAAGAACUGCAUGGACAUCGACGAGUGUGAGACUAACCCCCUGCUCUGCCGUGGAGGAACCUGCCUGAACACAGAGGGAAGUUAUGAGUGUGAAUGUCCCCCCGGACAUGCGCUCACCGCAGACGGCUCUGCCUGCGAAGAUGUGAACGAGUGCCAGCUGAGUGAAAACCUGUGCAAGAACGGACAGUGUGUGAACUUGCCAGGGACGUACCAGUGCACCUGUGACACUGGUUACCAGGCCACACCGGACCGUCAGGGCUGCGUCGAUAUUGAUGAGUGCACCAUUAUGAACGGAGGCUGUGAAACCCACUGCACCAACUCCGAGGGCAGCUACGAGUGCAGCUGCAGUGAGGGCUACGCUCUCAUGCCUGAUCUCAGGACCUGCGCAGACAUUGAUGAGUGUGAGGAGACACCAGACAUCUGCGACGGAGGCCAGUGUACCAACAUUCCUGGGGAGUACCGCUGUCUGUGUUACGAUGGCUUCAUGGCUUCCAUGGACAUGAGGACCUGUAUCGAUGUGAACGAGUGCGAUCUGAACCCAAACAUCUGUCUCCACGGCGACUGCGAGAACACAAAGGGGUCGUUCAUCUGCCACUGUCAGCUGGGAUACUUUGUCAAGAAGGGAUCCACGGGCUGCACAGAUGUUGACGAGUGUGAGAUCGGGGCUCAUAACUGUGACAUGCACUCUGCCUGCAUCAACGUUCCUGGAAGCUUUAAGUGUCGCUGUCGAGACGGCUGGGUGGGAGACGGCAUCAAGUGUGUGGAUCAGGACGAGUGCUCUGCCGAGGACCACAACUGUAACCCCAACGCAGACUGUAACAACACACCGGGGUCCUACAGGUGCACGUGCAAGGAGGGCUUCAACGGAGAUGGCUUCUCGUGCUCGGACAUGGACGAGUGUGCGGACAACGUGAACCUGUGUGAGAACGGCCAGUGUCUGAACGCUCCGGGGGGCUACCGCUGCGAGUGUGAGAUGGGCUUCAUACCAACGGAGGACAGCAAAGCGUGUCAAGACAUCGACGAGUGUAAUUUCCAGAACAUCUGUGUGUUCGGAACGUGCCAGAACCUCCCCGGGAUGUUCCGCUGUGUGUGCGAUGACGGCUACGAGCUGGACCGCAGUGGAGCGAACUGCACUGACAUCAACGAGUGUGCAGACCCUGUCAACUGCAUCAACGGACUGUGUGUGAACACACCAGGAAGUUACAUGUGUAACUGCCCGGCCGACUUUGAGCUCAACCCCACUGGAGUGGGCUGCGUGGACACUCGUGUUGGUAACUGUUUCCUGGAUAUCCUGGGACGAGGCGAUGGAGGAAUCUCCUGCAGUGCCGAGAUCGGAGUGGGAGUGACCCGAGCCUCCUGUUGCUGCUCCCUGGGCGGAGCCUGGGGAAACCCCUGUGAACUGUGCCCCGCCCCCAACUCCACGGAGUAUAAGACCCUUUGUCCAGGGGGAGAGGGAUUCAGGCCCAACCCCAUCACUGUGAUCCUGGAAGACAUCGAUGAGUGCCAGGAGCUGCCUGGGCUCUGCCAGGGUGGAAACUGUGUCAACACGUUUGGCAGUUUCCAGUGUGAGUGUCCAGCAGGCUACUAUCUCAAUGAGGAGACUCGCAUCUGUGAGGAUAUUGACGAGUGCACCACUCACAUCGGGAUCUGUGGACCUGGCACCUGCUACAACACGUUGGGCAACUACACAUGUGUGUGUCCACCUGAAUACAUGCAAGUCAAUGGAGGAAACAACUGCAUGGACAUGAGGAAGAGCGUGUGUUACCGCAACUAUAACGACACGUGUGAGAACGAGCUGUCGUUCAACAUGACCAAGAAGAUGUGCUGCUGUGCCUACAACGUGGGAAAGGCCUGGAACAAGCCGUGCGAGCCCUGUCCUAUUCCUGCUACCAAUGAGUACCAGAUACUGUGCGGUAACAUGGCUCCUGGUUUCAUCAUCGACAUCCACACUGGCAAACCGAUUGACAUUGACGAAUGCAGGGAGAUCCCAGGUAUCUGCGCCAGUGGAGUGUGUAUAAACCAGAUCGGGAGCUUCCGCUGCGAAUGUCCUAUGGGCUUCAGCUACAACAACAUACUGCUCAUAUGUGAAGAUAUUGAUGAGUGUAACAGUGGGGACAACCUGUGCCAGCGUAACGCCAACUGCAUCAACAUUCCAGGAAGUUACCGCUGCGAGUGCUCGCCAGGCUUCAAACUGUCCCCCAGCGGGGCGUGUACGGACCGUAAUGAAUGUCAGGAGAUUCCUAACGUGUGCAGCCAUGGAGAGUGUAUCGACACUCAGGGCAGUUAUCGCUGUCUCUGCCACAACGGUUUCAAGGCUACAGCUGACCAGACCAUGUGCAUGGAUAUUGAUGAGUGUGACCGACAGCCGUGCGGCAACGGCACCUGCAAGAACACAGUGGGAUCCUACAACUGUCUCUGCUUCCCCGGCUUCGAGCUGACACACAACAACGACUGCAUGGACAUAGACGAGUGCAGCACCCUCCAGGGACAAGUGUGCAGGAAUGGACAGUGUAUCAACGGACUCGGGUCCUUCCAGUGUCUCUGCCACGAGGGUUAUGAGAAUACUCAAGAUGGGAAGAACUGUGUUGACAUCAACGAGUGUGUGAGUCUGCCCGGUACCUGCUCUCCAGGAACUUGUCAGAAUCUUGACGGGUCCUUCAGGUGUAUAUGCCCUCCUGGAUAUGAAGUGCAAAACGACCAGUGUAUAGAUAUCAACGAGUGCGAUGAGACCAACAUUUGCCAGUUUGGCACCUGCGCCAACACCCCCGGCAGCUUCCAGUGCUCGUGCCAGCCGGGCUUCGUGCUCUCUGACAACAAGCGGCGCUGCUACGACACCAGAGAGAGCUUCUGUUUCACCAAAUUCGACGCCGGCAAAUGCUCCGUCCCCAAAGCUUUCAACACCACCAAGGCCAAGUGCUGCUGCAGCAAUAUGCCUGGAGAGGGCUGGGGCCUUCCGUGUGAGCUGUGCCCCCGAGAGAGGGAUGCUGCUUUCAACACUCUGUGUCCUUUCGGCCACGGAGCUCUGCCUGGACCGAAUAAUGCUCGUGAAGAUAUGAAUGAGUGUCUGGAUAACCCAGGCAUCUGCGAGAACGGUAUCUGCAUCAACACCGAUGGUUCCUUCCGCUGCGAGUGUCCCUUCGGAUACAACCUGGAUUACACUGGAGUCAACUGUGUUGACACUGAUGAGUGCUCCAUAGGAAACCCAUGUGGAAACGGCACCUGCACCAAUGUGGUGGGAGGUUUCGAGUGCUUGUGUCAGGACGGCUUCGAACCGGGACCCAUGAUGACUUGCGAAGAUAUCAACGAGUGCUCCACCAAUCCUCUGCUCUGUGCCUUCCGCUGUGUCAACACCUUUGGGUCCUACGAGUGCAUGUGUCCUGCUGGCUACGUGCUGCGAGAUGACCUGCGCAUGUGCAGAGACCAGGACGAGUGUUCUGAGGGUCUGGACGACUGUGACUCCAAGGGUAUGACCUGCAAAAACCUGAUCGGAAACUUCAUGUGCAUCUGCCCUCCUGGCAUGCAGCGCAGACCAGACGGAGAGGGGUGUAUGGACCUGAACGAGUGCCGUGCCAAGCCUGGCAUCUGCAAGAACGGGCGCUGCGUCAACGCGGUGGGAAGUUACCGCUGCGAGUGCAACGACGGCUUCGAGCCAAGCUCCACUGGAACCGAGUGUAUCGACAACCGAAAGGGCUUCUGCUACAGCGAGGUUCUGCAGACCAUGUGCCAGCAGUCGUCCACCAACAGGAACAGUGUGACCAAGUCUGAAUGCUGCUGCAACACGGGCCGAGGCUGGGGCUCUCAGUGUGAGCUCUGCCCGCUGCCUGGCACCGUACAGUACAAGAGGAUGUGUCCACUCGGACCCGGCUACACCACCGAUGGAAGAGAUAUCAACGAGUGCAACGUGAUGCCGGAUCUGUGUCAUAAUGGUCAGUGCAUUAACACCAUCGGCUCCUUCCGCUGUCACUGCAACGUGGGAUAUAAAGCCGACUUCACCGCGGUCUCCUGCGUCGAUUUGGACGAGUGCGGCCUGUCUCCAAAGCCCUGCAACUUCCUGUGUAAAAACACCGAGGGCAGCUACCUGUGCUCCUGCCCCAGAGGAUACAGCUUACAGCCCGAUGGAAAGACCUGCAAAGACCUGGAUGAAUGUUCAACAAAGCAGCACAACUGUCAGUUCCUCUGCGUCAACACCAUCGGAGGCUUCACCUGCAAGUGCCCCCCCGGCUUCACCCAGCACCAGACUGCCUGCAUCGACAACAACGAGUGCUCGGCUCAGAGCAGUGCGUGUGGCUCCCGGGCCGCUUGUGUCAACACGCCCGGCAGCUUCAACUGUGAAUGCUCCAAAGGUUUCUCCUUGGACACCGCAGGGACGGAGUGUGAGGAUGUGGAUGAAUGUGGCAGCAACCACCGCUGUCAGCACGGCUGUCAGAACAUGCUGGGAGGUUUCCGCUGUGGCUGUCCUCAGGGCUACGUGCAGCACUACCAGUGGAACCAGUGUGUCGAUGAGAACGAGUGUCAGGGAGGAACCGUGUGCGGCUCGGCCUCCUGCUACAACACACUGGGCAGCUUCAAGUGUGUGUGUCCCUCUGGCUUUGACUUUGAGCAGGGCGGCAGCGGAUGCCAAGAUGUGAAUGAAUGUUCCACAGGCAGCAACCCCUGUUCCUACGGCUGCUCUAACACCGAUGGAGGCUACCAGUGUGGCUGCCCUGGAGGUUUCUUCAGAGCUGGACAGGGUCACUGUAUCACAGGCUCAGGUUUCCAAGGCCAGUUUGGGGAGGGAGAGGAGGACGACAGCUUGUCUCACGAGGCCUGCUACGAGUGUAAGAUCAACGGAGGAGGAAAGAACGGACGACACAAGAGAAACACUGAUGGAAAUGAGCUUAACCAGGAGCCAGCUGUGAGCAUGGCCAGCGUGGACACCCAGGAAUCCAUCCCCAUGAACCUCUCUCUGGCCUCGCUGGGCAACAAGGAUCCUCUGCUCGAGCUCCUGCCCGCCCUGCAGCCUCUGGAGCACCACGUACGCUACGUCAUCACCCACGGCAACGCCAACGAACACUUCCGCCUGCUGGAGCGCCGCGACGGAAAGAGCGUGCUCCGACUUGGAAAGAGGCCGCCCCCACGUGGAUCCUACCGGCUGGAGAUCGCCAGCCUGCCGCUGUUUGGGCCCCGAAGACUCCACCAGCUGGAGGAGCAGCAUGACAGUGACUACCUACAAGGAGAAAUAGGAGACGCCCUGCGCAUCAAGCUCCACAUCCACCUGCACUGAGCUCAGAGUGUGCCUCGCC